UUCAAAUUAUCUACAUAUAUAUACUUUCAAAACACUUUGCCUCAAAACUAAACCUCUAUUCCACACUCCAACUACCCUUCCCUCCCCAUCUCCAGCAUACCUAAAAAUGUCAACACCUCCGAUCAAAUUCGGAAUCCUCGGCUGCGCGACGAUCGCCCGCAAGGUCUCCCGCGCCAUCGCCCUCUCCGGAAACGCAUCCAUCUCUGCCAUCGGCAGCCGAUCGGCCGAGAAGGCUGCCGAGUUCGCGCGGGAGAACGCCUUCCCGGAGACGGCCAGAUCCUACGGCUCGUACGACGCCGUUCUGGAUGAUCCGGACGUGGACGCGGUGUACGUGCCGCUGCCGACGAGCCUGCACGUGCAGUGGGGCGUGCUGGCGGCCCGGAAGGGGAAGCACGUGCUGCUGGAGAAGCCCGUGGCGCUCAGCGUGGCGGAGCUGGAUGUGAUACUGGCGGAGUGCGAAUCGAGUGGGGUGCAGUUCAUGGACGCUACCAUGUGGAUGCACCACCCCCGGACCCACCGGAUGAAGGACUUCCUCUCCGAUUCUUCCUCCUUUGGCCACCUCAAAUCAGUGGAGAGUAAAUUUAUAUUUCCGGCGGGCAAGGAUUUUUUAGAAAACAACAUUCGUGUUAAGCCGGAUCUCGAUGCCCUAGGCGUUCUCGGUGAUGCAGGAUGGUACUGCAUUCGAUCGAUCCUGUGGGCCGCCGAUUACGAGCUACCUAAGUCCGUAAUCGCUUCACCCGACGCGGUCCUGAACAAUGCCGGCAUCAUCUUGUCUUGCAGUGCUAAACUGCAAUGGCAAGAUGGCAGGGCCGGGACCUUCCGUUGCUCGUUCCUAGGUGACCGAAACAUGGACCUGACAAUAGCUGGAACGGAGGGCACUUUGUCCGUUCGCGACUAUGUGGGCCCAUUCGAGGAGAAAAAGGCUAGUUUCACCACGGUCGUGAAAUCGGGUGCGACGUUAGAAUCUCGUGAGCAUGUCGUUACGACGGAGCUUCCUCAGGAGGCUCUCAUGGUGAGGGAGUUUUCUAGGUUGGUUGGGAGCAUCAAAUUUGAAGGAGCCAAACCGGAGAAAGAAUGGCCAACUCUUAGUAGGAAGACUCAAGCUGUGGUGGAUGCGGUGAAGGUGUCUAUUGAUAGGGGUUAUGAAAUUGUUGAGGUUGUGUAUUAGAAUGGUUUAGGCGUUCGUGUUUGUGUCGGUGUUCGUAACACUAUAGACUAUAUGUGAGGUGUAUUAAUAAAGUGACACAUUGCUUGAA